AUGACGGCUGCUUAUGAUGAUGUGAUGUCCCAAAGAAAUGAAGACCCUUCCUCCAUCAAGCAUCGGGACCAGUUAUUAGCAAUUCCCGAGGGAGCCGAAAUUGCUUUUGAUUGGCAGAGGUUCCUGAAAGAGACCCUCAGACCACAGCCUGGCCCCCUGCGACAGAUUCUGAUACCCCUGUCCCAGCCUCCCGGUCACUGUUGCGGUUUUCUGCGCUGUAUGCACAACGUCUUCAAUCGAUUCCUGGAAUGGAUAAGACGACGUUUCACCUUCAUUCCGAUGCCUUUGCCCUUGAAUGAGGGCCCCUCGUGGCUGCAAGUUGGCAACUGCAUUCCCACACUCACAUCCAAGUGUGACAGCCUUUGCCGGGCAAAGUAUGGACGCCUGUUCUUAUCGCAGGGCCUCUCUACCUCAGUACUGUACAACCAGUUGCAUGAGAGCAGGAAUCAGAUCAAGUCCUGCCCUCCACUGCAGUCCCAGCAGCCAGCAUGGCUCCAGACAGGUAACCUCGCCAACUCGCGGUCGGAAACUCCCCCAAACCCUGAAAUAGAGCGAGCUCCCGCCCGCUCACGGCCCCGAGCUGCGCGAGGAGCGGGCGUCGCGGUUCCGUCCCACGUGGAGGGUCCCGCCGGGCCGGGCCACGGGCCGGUCCCCGUGGGGUGGGCGGCCGGCAGCCCGAGCACCCCCGCCGGUGGCCCGGUUGGGGCUGGGGUCCCUGUCCCGCUCCCGCACCCCGGCUCGGGGCUCUAUUUCUGGAGCGCCCGGGAGGCUGCGGGUCAGCGGUUGGGCCGGGCUGGGAGCCGGGCGCGUCGGGCUGUCCCGAGCUGUGCCACAUC